AUGCAAUGUGCCGCCACUGGUGAUAGACCUCCUCAGUUCGUUUGGGAGCGAGAUGGAGUUACUGUUUCAAGCAACACAGAUCCUAGGUAUGCGUUAGGACAAAUUAUGACGACAGAUAACUCUGUAAUAGCCCAACUCAAUAUAACAAGGGUUCGAGUAGAAGAUGGUGGAUUAUAUGCUUGUAUAGCGAAAGAAGGUGAACAUGUAGCCAGCAGUGAGAACAGACUGGACGUUUAUGGUCCACCUUACAUUCGGUCACUACCGCCAAUUAAGGCACAGAGUGGUGAAUCAAUAAAUCUCAGAUGUCCAUUCUAUGGAUAUCCCAUAAGCAAAAUCGAUUGGGAACACAAAGGCAAAACAGUUAACCUAAACAAUCUUUUUCAAUCACGUUAUAAAAGAACACAAAAUCACCAGAAAAGAAAAUCAAGAAGAAUGACAUCACCGUCUGGUGAAAUGGCUAGACGUUCGUUUGAAAUACAAGUUAUAGAGGCACCUAUUUUGGAGGAUUUACUGCUUGGUAAUAACCUACAGGAAGGUCAAAUAGUAAAUAUUUAUUGCAACGUACGAAGCGGUGAUUUACCGAUACAUGUCGAAUGGUUGAAAGACGGAAAGAGAAUUUCAAGCAAUUUGAAGGUAGUCGAAAGAAGUUCGGAAUUAUUCAGUGCACUAGAGAUCAAGAAAGUUGCAUUGGAACAUUGUGGUACAUAUACUUGCGUGGCAUCCAACCACGUAGCGAAGGUCAAUAAGUCUACGGAAUUUUAUAUAAAAAUUAUGAAUUUUGUAACUAUUUUUCCUUGUUUCAAUUCGUCUCUCUUGCUCGGAAGAAAAGGCAUUGUAUCAUGCAGUGCGAGCGGCUAUCCACAACCACAAGUACAUUGGAUGAAAAAAGAUGCUCUUCUGGGUACUUGGCAACCUGUCCUUGAACUAGCUGGAGGAGGAAUCCUAAGUCUUCCCAACGGAAGUCUUGUCAUUGAAGAAGUUUCUUUGACAGACGAGGGCUUGUAUUCGUGUAAUGUGGAAAAUGCUGUUGGAACACCAUUGAGCAAAACCGUCUGGAUGACAGUCAAUAAACCAGUGCACUUUGACACGGCAUCAGCUAAUGUGACAUCACGACUUGGCCACGCCGUCUCUUUGGAAUGUCGCGCGCUUGGUGAUGACCCUAUCAGAAUCACAUGGAACCAUAAUAUAAACAAUAUAGACUUCCAAAGUCACAGAGCAAAACACUCAGAGACGAAAACCUCGCUUGGUGUAACCAGCACAAUAAAUAUACAGUAUUCAGAAACAGCCGACGCUGGCUUCUAUCAAUGUAGAGCGAGCAAUCCGUAUGGGUCAGCUAGCUUCAACACAUUCCUUACUACGAGUAUAUUAGCCGAACUCAGAGUAGAAUCAGUUAGAUCUCGUACAGCAUCAGUUUCAUGGAGAGACGGGGCACACGCCGAGUAUUACACAUUACAACACACGCCCGCUCAUUACGCCGAUGACUGGGAAUACGCCGUUAGUCUUAAUAUUACGAGGAAAGGCAACGACAUUCGUCAAACGAUAGAACUACAGAAUAUCCGACCUGCGACGGCUUACGCGGUGCGAGUAGCAACUGGUAAUGAAGUGGGUGUCAGUCGUUUUACGGCGCCUGUACAUUUUACAACACACGAGGAAGCUCCAUCGUCAACACCUAUUAAUAUACAAAUUGAACAAACUGACAAUCCUGGAGACUUAUUCGUCUCCUGGCUACCUCCGCCUAAAGACACUCACAAUGGAAUCAUAACAGGCUAUCAUGUAAAGGCUGUGCCACAAAAAGGAUCAUCUAUUUUAGCGGACACUGAUACAAGGACUCUGAAAGUGUCAAAGUUAUCCGGAAAACAAGAAACAGUUAUCAGUGGUCUACUCAAAAAUACCAGAUAUGCUGUUUCCAUAUCAGCUUUCAACAGCGCGGGAUCAGGUCCAUUUUCGAUUCCAGUAUUUCAAGAUACUAUGGAAGGAGCUCCCGAAAUCGCCCCAUCAUCAGUUGAAUGUACGGCUGUGUCAUCUACGUCACCACGCAUCGGUUGGCAACCAAUAGCGAUACACGAACAGGGAAGUUCUUUGAUCGGUUACUCCAUUCUGUAUGGAACUGAAGAAAGCUCUUGGCAGAACCAAACCUCUCUCCACAUUGAAAUUUAUCUCCAAGGUCUUUCUAAGUACAGCAACUAUACGAUAAAAGUUGCAGGUUUUUCCAACUACGGUGCUGGGCCGUUCUCGUUCCCAAUAGUUUGCACUACGUUACAAGAUGUUCCUGAUCCGCCUUCAGAUAUCAAAGUUCUUAUUCUAUCAUCUACAUCACUGUUGGUCAGUUGGAAGAAGCCGGAACAUUGUAACGGAGAACUAUUAUAUUAUACUGUUUAUGUGAAACCAACUUCAGGCCCUGGUCCACCUCUAACGAGUCGUGUGGAUCCUUCUCGGACCACAGCUGAGAUCAAGGAGUUGACGAGCGGAAGAUCGUAUGAAGUGUGGGUGACUGGAAGUACCGCGGCUGGCGAGGGCGCGCCUAGUAGGAGAGCCUCGCAUACACCCGCUAAAAGAGUUGUGGCCGGAGUCGCAUCACUAGGUGGCACCAUAUCAGUGGGAGUCGGUUCAUCCUUACUACUCGUGUGUCAAUGUGUCGGAGUACCACCACCUCGCACUGUGUGGUACCACAAACGUAAUAUAAUAACGCAUCAUCCGAGAUUCACGAGGAAUCAUGACGACAGCUUGCUGAUUAACAACAUAGACCAAUCCCUGAGCGGGAACUACACAUGUCUUGCAAAGAAUCUGUAUGGUUCUGAUUCAGUGGAGUACACCGUAGUAGUUCUACCGCUGCCCGAAGCACCAACACUACGAGCCACGCCAUACAAAGACUCGAUAUUAGUUGAAUGGGAACAACCUUAUUAUAGCAUCAGUAACCGUAACUCGAACCAGAAAAUUACUUAUAGCCUAACAUGGAAAGAAGCAAGCGGUCCGUGGCGAGAAGUGUGGUCACCAAACAAAGUACCUAAUAAAUUAUCAAACCUCUCUGGAGUUCAAAAACAUGCGCUGACUGGUCUUAAAUGUGGCACGAAAUAUUCUUUGAGGAUCACAGCUACUGACAAAGUUGGUACAUCACAACCAGCGUAUUUGGAUGUUAGCACGUUGGGCGGACCUCCCAUCGCUCCUACGUCAACGGAGUGGUUCUGGAGCAACUAUUCCCACGUGUUCAUUCAGGCCGCUGGUUGGGAUGACGCGGGAUGUGAGCUCCGAACGUUGGAGCUAGAACACCGGGCUCUUGGAGCGAGGAGCUGGAUGAGGCCUAUCAAUAUAUUGUCAUACACGGGUCACCCCUACCAGUACCGAGGCUCGUUCGCUCUAUCAGGCCUGUCCGCCGGCACCUGGUACGUGUUACGUAUCACAGCCACCAACGAGGCGGGGAGCGUCACCACCGUUUACAACUACGCGACUAAGAACGAGGAUGGCAGUGAAGUUGGUCCUCCGUCGGAAAUCUUCGACAUCAACAUGUUGGUGAUAGUCUUAAGCUCAAUUCUCCUAGCUGUCUGUCUUAUCUGCUGUGUUUAUAUUCUAGUUAAGAGGCAACGUAAUGUCAACUUAACGGGAUACCGCGACUCAAUAACGGUCGACAAAUCUGAAAGUGGCAACAUAACAGCUAACACAUCACACAGUAACCUAGCGAAUGUUAAAGAGAAUUCAAUGAACGCUCAGAACAGAAUAUACAGCGCUCCGAUACAUGUUAGAAAUAAUAGUAAACAUGUUAUACGAGAUAAGUCCUUACGCGCAAUUCGCUGUCGGCUUUCGAACGUGUGGUCACGCUGA